UAGUACCCCGUUGCCAUGGGCCUAAUCCCUGCCAUCGCGUUAGUGGUACUUAUCGGAGGUGUUGCAUCGCAAGAUUCCAUAUGCCCGAAGGACAAGCCGCUAGUGAAUUGUUUGAUAGAUCCAUGUACCUAUACGGACUGUGCCCCCGGGCACAGAUGUGAGUCGAACUACUGUGGUGGGUGCAACGCCAAGUGCGUUUCAACGUGUUCUCAGGUCAUGUGCAGAAUGUGGUGCCCGGCCGGUUUUAAGAAAGACAAAAACGGCUGUGAGAUCUGCGAAUGUGUAGACCCUUGUGCGAGAAUGAAAUGUAGUCGUGGACAUAUCUGCAGAAACGGAGAGUGCAUCCCUAAUGAGUGUACACAUAACGGAAAAACCUAUGCCGUGGGAAUGCAUUUCCCCAGGGGUGAUGGCUGCAAUUCCUGUUUCUGUGACGCUCCAAACAGCGUGGCUUGCACGGAGGCUUAUUGUCCUCAUUGCCAAUACAACGGUAACAUUUACAAGCCAGGGGAUAGUUUUAACUCUACAGACGGAUGCAACACGUGUUCGUGCUCAGAAAGUGGACAAGUGGCCUGCACGGAGAAGGCUUGUCUACCAGAUCAAAAUGCAGCUAAUGAGUGUACACAUAACGGAAAAACCUAUGCCGUGGGAAUGCAUUUCCCCAGGGGUGAUGGCUGCAAUUCCUGUUUCUGUAACGCUCCAAACAGCGUGGCCUGCACAAAGGUUUACUGUCCUCAUUGCCAGUACAACGGUAACAUUUACAAGCCCGGGGAUAGUUUUAACUCUACAGACGGAUGCAACACGUGUUCGUGCUCAGAAAACGGACAAGUGGCCUGCACCGAGAAGGCUUGUCUACCGGAUCAAAAUGCAGGUUGCCCGGCGGAUAAGCCUUUUACAGAGUGUCCCUACAAUCCAUGUAUAGCGGCUCUGUGCGUCACAGGAACCAGAUGUGUUGCUGAUCAGUGCGGGGGCUGCUUUGCGAGGUGUUUACCUCUGGAAACUAAGCAGUGUUCAGUGGACGGAAAAACUUACAACGUUGGGGACGACUUCCCGUCAUCGGACGGCUGUAACACGUGUACCUGUAGCGCCUCCGGAUUUCCCAUCUGCACAUUGCGUGCAUGCUUACCACCAAACCAGUGCACUGCAGAAAAUGGAAAGACCUACAACGUUGGGGACACAUUUCCAGCAUCGGACGGCUGCAACACGUGCACGUGUACGGAAUCCGGCGUUCCCGUCUGCACACUGAAGGCCUGUCACGUGUGCCCUCUGUACAAAUGUAAAGCUUGUACCACUGGAUAUGUGAUCGAUGAGAACGGCUGUCAGACGUGUCAGUGCAAAGAUCCCACGUGCGAGGGAGUGACGUGUGCCAAGGGGUCAUUCUGCUCCAACUCUUAUUGUUGUCCCGAUGAGGUUAAAGUCAUGCGGUGUACUGACCCCUGUGCAAAUAAAUACUGCGGGAUCUUUAAAGUGUGCAAGCGAUACUGCAACUGCUACGCUGACUGUGUCUGGUGGUUCCUGGCCCAGUAGUCUCCCCUGGAGUCGGUGAAAAGAGGGACACACAUUUACUGUCGGGCUACUUCUACUCUACUAUCAAGAGUUUAAUCCAGUGAACAUUUAAGACAAUUCAGGAAUAUUUUCUUUUCAUUGUUAACUUAUUUUUUUUUUUUGAACAUUAUGUUAUUUUCCCUAGUAAAGAUGCUACAGGACAUUAUCUCUAGUGGUGCUAUGAGACAAUAUUUCAUCAGAAAUGUAUGAGACUAUGUGCGCAGAAACAUAAUGUAAUGUUUAUAUCAACUCAGUCUUUACACACCUAAGGGUCUCUCUUUAUGAACUCGUUUCGCAAUGUGUUGAUUGAAAGGUUUACGACAGCAGCAUGUUAAUGUUUUUGAAGACCAACAUAUAGUUACACACUGAGUCACAAUUCUCCAUAUGUGAUGUGACACAAGUUAAAACAUUAUAUUCAUUCAAGGCACUCUGGUUAUCAGUUGAAAUGAGAACAGUGGAAGAUAAAUGUUACACAAACAUGGGAUAGUCGUCAAAAAGAGUACCGUGUGCAAACGCGCAAUGCGCGACUGAUGUGGAUCAGUCAAGCCGCGUUGAGACGGCGCGACCUUCGAGUAGACCGGUGGAAUUCGGCUGGACGAGUGAAAAUAGAAUAUGCGCUAUUUCAUACAAUAGUUUAGCAUAAUAUAAAUCCCAUCACGUGAGAUAGGCUUAUCCUGUUGUCUUUCCACUUGUCGAAUUCGGCGAGCGAGCACGAUCAGUCGCAUUGUGUGAGCGCGGUAUAUUUGGCAAUCGAAUCUUGUAUACCUAAAACAGAAUUCGCUAGCCCAUAUGUGUAUAUAUGAGGCGUUAGGUACAUAGUGAGAAGUAAGUAUGUAAGGAAUAAAUGACAACAUGAAAAAACUCCUCAGUUCAUUGUGAGAAAUCUAUAACUAUCUUUUCUAAACUUUUGUAAACUGGGUAUUACUACAACUUUGUUUAGGAGGAUGUAGCUGAUAAAUACACUUUGGUAUGUGCCCGAAGUAUUUUUGUACAUUUUCACUUAUGUCUUUGUUUUUCAAUUUUCUGGUACAUAUAUCAUAUUACGUUAACUUAUUUUUCCCUCUGGACUUGUUUCGGAAUUGUUUUAUAUGUACUUGAUUUAUGGUUGAUAAACUGCAUUCAUGUCUUAAA